CUCUCAUUCCUUCUCACCCUAAGGCCCCAGCCCAAGAGGCACAAAGAUGUUCGGGUACCUCCCUCUCCUCUUAGCUGCUGCCUUGAUUCCUGCUGGCCAGACUGCCAUCAUCCUGCGGCAGAAGGUUAUCUCCAUGACCCGAAAUAUAGGAGGUUCUGCCGCCUUGAUCUGUGAGAUUUUCGGUACAGAGGUCGACAAUAUCCACUGGUACCGUUACCAGGAGGGGAGGGCCCCAGAACGUCUGGUACGCUAUUCCAUGAAGAAAACUGAGUCUGUACUGGACCCAGGAUUCGGCUCUGACAAGGUCAGAGCUUAUAGGGGGAAGGACAAUAGCUGCAGAUUAAUACUGAGUAAUCUUCAAUUGAGUGACUCGGGAAUGUAUCACUGUGCCAGCUGGGGAACUGUUAAAGUCUUUGGCGAAGGGACAAAGCUCAUUGUGACAAAUUCUAUUAACAAAAAGAAACCAACACCCAUAUUUUUUCUCCCUACUUCGGAAGAGGUGAAGCAAAAAAAAUCUGGGACCUAUAUUUGCCUGCUGGAGAAUUUUUCCCCCAAUGUCGUUAAAUCAUAUUGGAAAGAUGAGAAGUCACGCCCUCUGGAUGCACAGUUUGGACCUAUCACUGAGACCAAUGGUUUAUACUCACAGGUCAGCUGGCUGACUGUGGAAAAAGAUGCCUUGCGUAAAAACCUCACCUACUCCUUCCAGCAUGAGGAAGAGGGCAUAGAACCUGUGACAAUUCCUCUUUCUUCAAUGUGGGAAGUUUUCAAAAAUGAUACCCCUUCCUGUGAGAAAACUGAAGUUAAAAAUAAUGGACUCCAGGAGCUGCAUUUUGCCAACACAUCAGCCUUUUAUACCUAUACCAUCCUGCUUGUGAAGAGUACCAUCUACUUUGCCAUCACCCUCUUUUUCCUGUACCAAAAGGGGGCGGCUGGGAGCUGGUGGACAAAGUAGGCGUGAUGGGACGCCCUUCAGCUCUCAGAGAGGGGAGGGUCUGUCUUCUGCGGGAGGUGGCCAGUGGCCAUGUUGUUGGCUCUCAUUAUUUCCAUUUUGCUUAGCAACGCAUGUUUGUUUUAACUUGGACAAUGCAAGUUGCUUUCUUUUAGUCUGUUGGACGAACAGGAAACUUUAGGUUGUGAGAAAUUUGUUCUUUUGGGCGCUUUGCUCUAGAUAUCUAUGCACUGCUUUACUGAUAGACCUCUCCCCAAUAAAACCACU